UGGAUUUCCAAAUCUUGGGUGAAGGGCUUCAUAAAUUCAAGAAAUUCUCAUAACUUGUUUUUAGGGAGUUUUUUGUGAAGCUCUCUAGCUGCAUCUUCUUUUACUUAUAAGGACAUGCCGAGAGAUGAUGGAAAUUAGUUGUUCACACCAUCACAUGAAAUUGUUAACUGAAACUGAUAUGCACCCAUAGAAGUUCAUUAAGAGAACCCUGCGUCCAUCAUUUGACAGAUAAAGACUCCCAUUAGGAAAUGCAUGUGUGCACUCUCUAUGUGUGUCUGCACUAACUGUAUUGGACAAUAGGAAAAUCCAACAUGUACACCCGAAGCGCCAACAUACUUGAUGUGCUUGAUACGACUAGCUAUGCUGAAGCAAUGUUUCAUAGUGAAGCCAGGCUCUUACUGUUGGAAGCAAGCCAUUCCUUUGAAUGCCUGUUUUCCUCCGAAACAUUCUCCGAUGUUCACCUUUGUCAAUCUUGUUUGCGUGCAGGUGUAGCCUGGUGGAUCUAAUGGUGGAGAUGGACAGGAUACUGCGGCCAGAAGGAACAGUGGUGAUUCGCGAUUCUCCGGAGGCGAUAGAGAGGGUGGCACGCAUAGCUAACGUGGUUAGAUGGACUGCUACGAUGCAUGAGAAAGAAGAUGAAUCUCAUGGGUCACAAAAGAUACUGGUUGCUACCAAGAAUUUCUGGAUCCUCGCUUCAGCAUCUCACUGACUUGUUCACACUCAGUUUCUUUAGGUAGCCGAGCUAUAGUUUGUCUUUCCAACUCUCUUCUCUCUUUUUCUGAUCUCAGUUCAUACUUCUUGUAAGAUGAAGAUGCCAAAAUGUCUGUUUGUUUUUAUAUAUAAUUCAUUUGUAACAAAUCAAAUCAGAAGUGACAAGUUAGGGCAGAGUGAACAGGUACAUAGAAAAGCAGAAGUAGCAUCUUGCAACAGCUAUGUUCCUGUUCCCAACUGGUUAUGGGUAAUUGUCAUUUGUCAAUGCCAUUCAUUGAUUAUUUUCUUCAUUCGUUCUGACACAUUCUUUCGCCGUCGUCCAGUUGCUAUUUUUCAAUGUGAAAGAGGACUUUACGACAAAGUUUGGGUUAGAGAGUUGCAGUUGCUGAAGGGACCACCAGCGAUGUUGAAAUGUGGAGAGGAUCAUAUCAGGUAAUUUGGGAUUUCUGCGAACAUUGAGUUGAGCGACCUUGAGUAAGCUGGAAGGAUCAGGCGCGAUUAGGAACCGUCGGCAAUGGGGCGGUGUUGAUGAAUCUACAUUAUUUAAGGGGGUGGUUUCUGUGGUGGGACCUGGGUUGAUGGCACUUCGUACUCCACGAGUAUCAUCAAUUUGUAAAUCUCACAUAUUAUUUGCUAUUAGGGCUGGACAAUUGGUUAGCGGUUAACCAAUCGGUUACAACCGAAAUUGACCGGUUAUCCACUAACUGGAAAUCGAGAUGACCGAAAAGUCGGUCGGUGUUCAGAGGCUGGGCGAGAUGGUUUUGGUCUUGGGAGGAGGUUCGGUUAACCGAAAACUGAGAUAACCGAAGCGUUAGACCCUCUUUCAGUCGUUCAGAGGUGGUUCGGUUAACUGGUAACCGACCCUUCGAUUUUCUUCCUCCCCUAUUUGCGACCCACCGUACGUAAGGCUAUAAAUCAAUGAUUAAAAAUCAACUAAACAAACUAUGAACUCUUUCAGAUGUAUGAUGCAACAAAUUCAUCAUAAAUCAAUACGAUUUUCAAUGCUCAAAACCGUCGGUCGGUUUUGUAAUAUCUUGUUUGUUUAAUAGGUCUUGGAUUGUGGAUUAUGUUGUGUUUUUUUCUUUUAACCAUUUUUAACCCUUAAAUUGAAAAUUAUAGUUUUCAUUGCUUCCAUCCCUAAUAAAAGCAACCAACUGAUUCUAUAAUUUACAAGAUAGGAGUUCGGUUCACCAGCCAGACUGAAUUAGUGGUAGAUAAUGGGUGUUUAAUACCUGGAGGAUCACUAAUCAAUAAUCACUGACUCUCAUCAAACUAAAAGUCUAAAACCAUGAGAUUUGGUCCAGCCUAGGAGAAGAAUCGAAAGCACCUUUUAGUAAGUUGCCAAUUUGCCAUGGUUCUGUAGUUCAUGUUUGUAAAAUGGGAGCAGCAUCAGCAUUACUAACCUGCGUGAUAACCAGGUGGAAUAAACAAAAACAAAAAAAAGGGUUCUUGUUCUGUGUGCUUUUUGUUGAAGUUUUGAUAUGUACUUUCCAUUAGCUCUAGCUCAGUUUUGGUCGCCGGCCGCAAAGUCCUGGUCGUCGCCGCAAAUUUUAUGGUACCGUGAAGGAAGAAAACUUCAGCAAACUCUGUUUUCUCCAUCAAAAAAUUUGACCUGAGCUAACUCCAAUCCCAUAUUCCCAUUCAUGAUAAUAUUCCUUGCGUCUGGCCGUCUGCACUCGAUCACCGUUACAUUGUAUAUACAUAAUAACAACAGUAAAAGAGCCAUCCUCGUGUUAUGUCCAAAACAUGUCGAGUCAUUGGUACAAUCAAACAACAUUUGCAUGUUUGUGUAAAGUGGGAAACCGGACUUGGAAUUGAAAAGAAGCAGAGCCCCCCAGCUGCAUUGGGCCCAACCUGUGGACCUUCACACCUUAUACAGAGAGUCCGGUUAUGGCCUAUGGGCUAUGGUGUGUCGUUUGCUUGUAGGAUUUUCAUCAUGGAUUUUCCGUUUCGAUGGCAUAAUUACCAGGCCAGGGAUUUUGGAGGACAAACCGGAUGAACUAGAACGAUAGUCUCUGGAUGUAUUCAAUUUAGCCAUUAAUCAUAGUCAAUUGAUGAUUAUAUAUUCAAUUGAGACAUUAUUAGAGUUAUAUAAAUCUUGAUCACGUUUGUAUGAUUCUUGCUUUGACCUUUGAAUAAGUCAAUAGAGAAACCUGAAUUAGAAGUGGCGAAUCGGUUGCACGAGAGUCAAUCGAUUAAUUGCUCUGUACUGGAGUGAAAUCCAGUAGAGAAAGUUUUAUCAAACUGCCCUAGGUAGUUUAUUUCGGUGGAGGAUAGUAUCCAGUCGGGUACUCUAUUUAAAAGGGUCUGGUAUAUUUUAGUCGAGGUUCCAGACUAUCUCAGUACUUUCCACAGUAUAAAUAUAAACUCAAUUGAAUUGGGUGAAUUACAACUCAGCCUAACGACAUAAUAGGGAAUGCUUACCUGAGUGGUCUUUCUCGAAUUUGGAAAUCAUAACAUUUGUCUGCUUUUGUUCCUGCUUGCAUGCUAACAACUUCUCUACCUUUGACCUCUAGAUAAUAGUUAGUCACCGAGUAGACAGUACAUAUAGGACCCGAAUUGAUAAGUAAAAAUGAACCCACUAUAGUACAUUCCCGAGUUACGUUUUCACUUGGUCUUUUCUUAGGGUGUUAGUAUUAGUGAGUUAAGUUUUUGGUUUCAUUGCCGAGUACGGCUAGGUUAUUGAAGAAAAUUGAAUUUCUAUUACUUUAACUUUACUUUUCUGCUUAUUUCUUUCUUCCACCUUUUGCCUUCACAUGUUUGGUUUUCAGCUUGUGUACAGGUAGUGCAUGACCCGUGGCCAGUUGGACAAUCUACUACCAUUGGAUCACGAGCUCGAAAGGAAUCUUUACAAGUUCAUGAAAGCACUAAAAGAGAGACUGAUUGUGGCAGAGGGCCUAGACCAGGAUAUCGUCGCUAACGGAUUAGAGAGUGGAUAAUAAAUCAUCGUUGAAGAAGACAUGGGGGGAUCCCUUCAAUCAAGUGGGAAACAUGAACACGGACUAGCCGCCACCUAUACCAAAUGAGGGUCAUCCACAGCCAGAGGCCCAGACCAUUGGGUACUUUCUGACUCCUAGGCUCGAGGACCUCAGACCUGGUAUUCAGCAUCCCAAGUUGCUGCAAACACCACUUUGUGAAGAAGUUCCCACAAGAGCAUCAAUUCUUGGGAUGACUUGGUGAAGAAGUUCAUGGUCCGCUAUCAUCUCACUUCCAAGACUGCGGAUUUGCAUAAGCAAAUCACCACUUUGCACAGGAAGACGAUGAGACCCUUAUAGAGGCCAGAGAGAUACUUAGGGUGUAUGAAAUCUUCUAGAAGCUUUGAUGUAUUGUAGAACAGAGGCAAAUUUAAAUGGCUCUAAGGUCAAUAUCGUAUUUCCCCUAGAGUCUCCCACAUAACCCUCACUUUGGAAGCAAGAUACGAUUCUAUUGAAGAAGAGGGUGAUUUAGGAGGUUUAAGUGCCUCUGAUUUUGCAGAACGUGAGAUUUAAAGAGUAACGUGAUGCAUAAAAGUAAACCUAAGCUACUAGAUGAGUAAGAGAUAAGAGAAUGAAGGCGUUGCAUAGACAAGCUCCACCCAGGUCUCCUAACGAUGCGUCCCUCGAUGGUCGGUGGCAUACGAGCUGUCGAUUUCUUAUUUUGUUAGAUCCCACCUUUUUCCAAGCAUUUACCCGAACUAAUGGGUGACACCGACCAUUUGGAUUUAUCUCUUGAGGCUUCACAUUGUUUUAUUGAGUGGCGUUGGUCGAAUAAGACCACCAUUUCUAGUCAUAAUCCUAAGUGACUUGGAUUUUGAUCCUUGCACCUCGAAGGAGUGCAAGGUCGACUAGGCCUCUCAUUCGAAUAGACAAAUAAUAAAAUAGAAGAAAUCAAACAUCAACACAUAUGAAUAAAAAUAAUUGUAUUAUACCAAAGAUCGAGUUUUACAUAGUUAGAAUCCAUAGAGUUCACAUACCUACACAACUAAGGAACUAGCCAUCUAUGGGGAGGGGUUCCUGGUGUUCAUCGAUUGAAAGGAAGACCCCAUAAGUCCACAGGAAUUGGCCUCACCAGCAUAGAAAACAAGGCCUAGGCUGCCGAUUCUCCCUCAAAGGCUGGUCUCAUUCUAAGUCAGGAGGGUUGCUCUGUCGGUAGGGUAACGACCUUCCUUGACCUUUCAUCUCUUCCCCUCCCAUUUUCUAUAUCCAGAGGUCUAUUUAUUGGCCUUUGAUUAAGUUUUUUAAGGAGAAAAUCUUGUAGCUCAAGCGUCAUCCAGUCAAAUAGAAUGCUCCAAACACG